AUGCCUAGUAUCAUCAUUCUACUUUGUCAAACUGAUAUGAUGCCAAUACACAUUCAAAAUCCGACCGGUCAUUUGAAAUUGAUACACUACAAAGGGCUCUGCAAAAGUCCCCAAGUGUCGUUAAUCGGUAUCUCGAUGUUUCAAAUAGGCAUUCAAAAUAAACUUCUUGCACUUAUUAAUUACAGCAUCUUAAAUAAUUCAGAAGUAUACAAAAUCUUCCGUUCCAUUGCAAGGAAUUUUAAAUUUCAUGAGUUCGUCAAAUAUAUGCUUCUUCGACCCCAAUUCAAAGCUAAAUGGGUUCAACUAAGGCGUUUAAGUCCUCAAAACAGCCUAAUAUUGCAAAAUUGCCAUUUCUUUACAAUAUUUGACUCGAUAGAUACAUGCAAUGGAGGUCCUGUGUCUCUACAAAAUGCAUCCGAACAGUGUGCAAGACAGUCGAUUCAGUCUAUGGGUGGAAUGAAAGGAGGAAAUACAGUUGGGGCAACUGGUUAUGAAAAUGACGCAAAGUGGUGUGCAUUCUACUUGUGA